UUCUCAGAGGCGAGACCCGGAGCUUCCAGGCCUCCCGCCCGCCACCACGUCUGGGGAUGCCGCCGCGCUCCUGCACCCGGGUCCCGCGGGGACAGCGGUGCGGGGUCAGCGUCCACGGGGCCUGACCCACGACGGCAUUCACACAGCACCAACCGCCGGGGGAGAAUAGAGCUACGUGCCAGGCUCAUGGGGCGGGCCACUGCGUUUCCUGUCCAGAUAGGGAGCCUCGACUUGACGGAUCGAUCCUCUGGCCAAUCCUCGGGGAGAAACGGGGCAGGGCCGGGGCGGGAAAGAGGGGGACGCAGGAGGUGUGUGCGAGUGACAGCGGUGGGGCCCUAUCCCGGCGAGGGAAGUGGUCUGCGGGGUGCAGGGGGGCGGGCCCGCGGCCGGGGGCGGACAAUGGGGGCGCGGGGAGGUGGUGGCAGGAAGAUGGCAGCGGCCGGAGGCACCGCGGAGCGCCUGGCGGCUGCCGCUCCCGCCCGGCUCCCCGGCUCGGUGUGGCUGCUGGCCGCUGCCGUCGCUGCGCUGACCGCUGUCAAAGUAUCAGCAGUAGAGGUCAACACACCGGAGGAGAUAUUUGUGGAGAAUGGGACAGACGCAAAGCUUCCAUGCACAUUUACAUCUGUGGAAGUGAUCAGCAGUGCAGCAUCUGUUUCUUGGAGUUUUCAACCAGAGGGAGCCGCAACUCGUAUCUCAUUUUUCUAUUACUUUAAUGGAAAGCCAUACCCUGGAAAGGACAUACCAUUUAAAGACAGGAUCACUUGGGCUGGAGAUCUUAACAAGAAAGAUGCUUCUAUCAGUAUAUCAAACAUGCAGUUCCGGGACAACGGCACUUACAUUUGUGAUGUCAAGAACCCACCUGACAUUGUUGUCAAACCAGGAGAAAUCCGAGUUAGAGUUGUGGAGAAAGAUAGCCUGCCUGCGUUCCCCAUUGCCAUGGUGGCAGGGAUAGUCAUCGGUACGGUUACAGGUCUCUCACCGCUCAUCUCUAUUGUCGUGUGUCUUGUCAUCAGAAAGAACAACUCUAAAAAACGAUACUCUGGCUGCAGUACAUCUGAGCGUUUGAUGUCACCGGUUAAGCAGGCUCCACAGAAGUUGCCCUCCGACACAGAGGGUCUGGUAAACAGCGUGCCCGCCAGAUCACACCAGUCACUCCAGUCUGGUUAUUCCUUGACAGAGUCCUCCAGAGUCUUCCCACAGGGCCCAGUCAUUUACGCGCAGUUAGACCACUCUGGAGGACAGCACAGUGACAAGAUUAACAAAUCGGAGUCUGUGGUCUAUGCUGAUAUUCGGAAGAACUGAGAGGAGAUCCUAAGCUAUCCAAAGGAAAACACACAUUCAGACUGGAAUUGCUUGAACAAGAUUUGACCCAGAGAACUCACAUGUGGCCUUUGAUGCCUAGACUAGGACCAAUGCAUGUGCAUACAGAGGGAAAGAUAUAUAUGUAUUGUGUGUAAAUAGUCUAUUUAAUCGUACAGAAGUGAGACCAAUGUUGCAUGUUGAAAUGCGGUAAGAAUUUUGCUUAUAAAUUGCCAAUAUUCUUUUUUGUAUCUUGUGUGACGAGAGAGAAAGUGAAAACUCGCAUCACAAUUUUAAAAUAUUUUUAUCUUGAUUUUUAAUGGAGAAACUGGAAGAUGCCUGAAGAUUCUAGAUUGACCUGGAUUCUUUUUUUUGCUUAUAGGAACUAAUUUCUUUUGUUGAGGUGAAUAUAAAGAAGACACCUUCUUUAUAUUCACAGAUUUCUGUAUGUAUACAGUAUCUUCAUUGUUCUUGGUCAGAUUCUCAGUAUGAGCUGCCUUUUCAUACUAACUAGACACUCCCACUGGUUUUGUAAGCCAAAUUGUGAUUCCUAGCUAUCAGAAAUGUAUGUCUUAGCAGUGUAAGUGAAGGAAAUGUUUAGGCCUACCUGACCUGUGUAAAACAGGUCACAGAACUGUUUACUUCUGUACUGAGCCCACCUAUUCAAGCUUAGUCCUUUAAGGCACAGGGAUAGUGUUGAUCUAAUGAAUUUUGUGAAAUGGUAGUUUACCUGUGAAAACUCAAAAGCUAGUGAGUUAAAGGGAUAGGAAGCUGCAGCUGUAGGUGGUUGCCUCAGACUGUUGAACCUUCCAAUGAAGUGUUUCUUCCUCAAAGCUCUGUCAUUUCAUAUAAGCAUGAAAAAGGGCUGCAAGGGAUCUGGAAGCUGUAGUAUCAAAGUAUCACAGUAUGUUUGGGAUUGGAAGGGACCUCAGAAGAUCAUCUAGUCCAAUCCCCUUGCUGGAGCAGGAACGCCUAGGUGAGGUCGCACAGGAAUGUGUCCAGGCGGGUUUUGAAUGUCUCCAGAGAAGGAGACUCCACAACCCCCCUGGGCAGCCUGUUCCAGUGCUCUGUCACCCUCAUUGAGAAGAAGUUUCUUCUCAAAUUUAAGUGGAACCUCUUGUGUUCCAGCUUGAUCCCAUUACCCCUUGUCCUAUCAUUGUUUGCCACUGAGAAGAGCCUGGCUCUGUCCUCAUGGCACUCACCUUUUAUAUAUUUAUAAACAUUAAUGAGGUCACCCCUCAGUCUCCUCCAAGCUAAAGAGACCCAGCUCCCUCAGCCUUUCUUCAUAAGGGAGAUGCUCCACUCCCUUAGUACUCCCUGACCUCUCUCCCAUGGCUCCAUUAUACCACUUUUACUUCCGUAGAGAUGUUUUAUCUGUUCUUAAAAGCCUGUAGUGAAGGCUGAAUGACCUCUGCAAAAAAUCUAGGGCUUUACUCUUAGAUUUUUUUUUUUUUUGGUGUAUUUUUGUGUGUAACUUACAUUUGCACAGAGGAUGCAGAAGGCAGUUUAUUUCCUUCCUCACUACAAGUCUACUGCUUGAAUAUAAUUUCCCAACUUCUUGUUUCUACAUUAAAUUCCUUGUAGAUUGUUAAGGAUCUCUGAUGAUUCUUUUCCUCUGAAGAGGAUCUUUCUUUAGCUGACCCAUUUGUCUCCUGAAAUCUGGUGCUCAAUACUAGAAGUGGCAUUCCAACUGAGGGCUUUUCAGAGUAGCAUGUAGUAGGGGGAUUUCUGUUUUGUACAUCCUAAUGUGGUUGCUUUUUUUGUAGCAGCAAAUAAUUUUAAGUUUGGUCUACUGUAACCCCUUCUGUCUGAUUUUACACAUUUUUCUAGUUCAGUCUGUUUCACAGAAUCAGUCAGAGAAUGGUUGUGGUUGGAAGGAACCUCUGGAGAUCAUCUAGUCCAAACCCCUCCUCAUGUAGGUUCAGCUGGAGCAGGUUGCCCUGCACGGUGCCUGUUUGGGUUUUCCGUAUCUUCAUAGAUGGAAACUACAAUGUCUGUUGGCAACCUGUUCCACUGAUCACUUAGAGUAAUCAAACAGUAAAAAAGUGCUUCCUUAUGGUCAGGUGAAAUUUCAUUUUUUAAAAUUUCUGUCCGUUUCUUCUUGUCCUGCCAGUGAGCACUACUGAGAAGAGUAGUGCUCUUAAUUCCUUCUCAUCAAGUAUUUACACACAUUGAUAAGAGUCCUUUCAAGCCUUCUCUUCUUCAGGCUGAACAGUCCCAGCUCUUUCAGCCUUUCCUCAUAUGAAAGAUGCCUCACUUUAUCAUCAUUGUGGCGCUGCACUGGACUUGCUCCAGUAUGUUCAUCUCUCUCUUGUACUGAGGAGGCCAGAACUGGACACAGGACUCCAGGUGUGGCUUCAGCAGUGCUGAGUAAAAGGGAAGGAUCUCCUCACUCGACCUGCUGGCAGUACUUUGCCUAAUGCAGCCCAGGAUACCAUUUGCCUUCUUUGAGGCAGGGACACAUGCUGGCUCCUGUUUGUCUUGGUGUCCACCAGGACCCCCACAGGGCCUUUUCUGCCAAGGUGCUUCCCAGCUGAGUGGCCCCCAGCAAGUACUGGUGUGUGGGGUUGUUCCUCCCCAGGACUUUGUUCUUCACCUUCACGAAAUUCCUCUUAGCCAAGUUCUCCUGCCUGUCUGGGUCCCUCCAAAUGACAGCACAACCAUCUGGUGUGCUAACAACUAGCAGCUCCUCCUGGUUCCAUAUUGUCUGCAAAUUUGUCUCUACUGAAAUGAUGUUGUGGCUUUUUCAGACAUCAUCUUCAGUUUGUCAGUUGAAAACUCGGUUUAAAUUCUGAUCCUGUCCUUGUGAGCUUGCAACACUCUUUGCUUGCUACUUGCGAACUUAUGCUUAUGUUCCACUGUAACAUCAAGUCAAUGAAAAAAUUGCUUUGGGCAGAUUCUUUCAGAACCACAUUAGAUAAUCCUUUAGUUAUGACAGUGCAACUUCAGUAACUGUUUUGUGUGCAGUGGUUUUUUUUCCUCCAACAAAGUUGGGUAUGCCAACACUACAGUCUUUCAUCAGGAUCAGGCUUCACUGGUUUCCUGACAAACACCUGCCUUUGUUAGAAGCCUCAUUAAGAUGAGGAUGAAUCCUGCUGCUGCCAUUUUACUUGUCUACCAGGCCAUUACUUCCCAACAGUUGUCUUACACUUAGUAUGAAAUUAAUGCUUUUGACAUGGUUGAUGGAGAAACUUGAUUUUGAUCUGCCUCUGUUCAUCCCUGUGCAUCAUCAUCUUUCUCUCCAGACAUUUUAGAGUAAGAGGGAAAAAUGUGAGGGAUGUAGCAAUCAAAAACUUGCUGCUAUGAGAAGAUAGAGCUGUACUUGGCUCUGAAGUCUGCUAUUAAUGUUUAUUUCUUUUCUUGCUGGAAUAUAUGGGAGAAUCUGAGCACAAUCCUGAUCUUAUGCUGAUUUGAAGAAACAUGCCGAUCUGGUUGGUGCUGACUUUAGGAAACGUGCUGAUCUGGUGCUAACUUUAGGAGACUUACUGGUCUGGUUGGUGCUAACUAUUAUAACCUUAGGAGACAUCUCCUCCUGUUGUUUUUGUUUAGCUACAGGUAUGUUCCUAUUGCCUGUCAUGAGGAGACUCAUUUCAGGGCUGGUUGGAUCCUCUUUGUGAAGGUAAAAUGAACUUGGAAGUAUUUUUAAAAAUACUGAGUAUCUUUUUAGAAAGAAACAAAUGUCCCUUCCCCCAGGAAUAGCAGAAAUCAAUCUGAAUCCCUCUCCAGUGCAAAGGCUGUUGAAUAAUUUAUUAUCUUUGGUUUUUUGUUUUGGUCAUAGAAAGAUGAACAAUGUAGCUAUUACAUAUCUUACUCAGGCUGAAGUCAAAAGAACUUGAGACAAUGUGAGACAACACUUGUGAACUUUCUGUCCCUCAGGUUAUCUUAGGUCAUUUAAUCCUGCGAUAGCCUAUGCUGAUGAAAGGGACUGAUACUAAGUUGGCUUACUUACUAAUGUCUCAGGAGACAGAGGACUUCUACUUCCUUGAUAGGUAGUGAGCAGAGAUUAAAGUCAGACAAGGUCAUCCUAUCCUGAUGUUAUGGUGAUCAGAAGUUUAACUCUGUUUGCUCUACUGCUAUUCUUUUAAAUCGCUGGUGCUGUUGUUUGCAGGUGGGAAGGAACAGCUUGGACUUUGAGGAACACUAAGUGUGUUGACCUUGUCCUGCUGUAGUGUUGCUGCUAGCUCUUUUUGGGACCAUCUGUUUUAAAAAGAAGUGCUGUAUGGCAGGCUUGCUGCAGCACAGCUGAGGGACAAGCAGCCAAUGACUAAAGCUGUUACGUGGGUCAUUGCUCUUGAAUAGUGGGGCUGGGAAGGUCUGUGUGAUGUAAAAGUCUUGCAAUGAAUUUUUUUUAUUUAUCAAGCAAACAAAACUGUGAACAAUUUGAAAUCCAUCUCAGCUAAGGGGGAAAAAAAAAAAAGGUCUUAUGGCUAAAAGUGACCUUCUACCCAUUAUAGGAGUGCAGUUUUGGAUUGCCAGCCUGGGCUCUGGCAGCUGAGCCAGUUGUCACCCCCUAGAGCCAGGGAUACAAAUGGCAUCAUUCAUUGUCCCUGUUUUCAACAGAACUGCAAAGUGGAAAAGUUUUGUCUUUUUAUUAACAGUGGAUAUAUUCCUCCUUAUUUUUGAUUACCAGAAAUGAAUUUUGAGAAGAGGAUUACAAAUAACUGUGAAGUAUCAAUCUAAGUAAAUUGGUAGCUGUACUCAGCAUAUCAAAUUGCCCCUUUUGACUUCAACAAUUGUUCUGUGCGGGAGAUGGUUGGCAUGUUUGUGAAAUGGCAUCAAGAGCCAUUAUAGGGUGGCAAACACGUCCCUGUGACUAAUUGAGUUACGUGUCAUUUAUAACUGGAGAACCUGUAGGGUUUUGUUUUCUCUCAGAGCUUUAGUGAUAUUUCAAUUUGUGACUAGAAGAGCUGGAAUUAGGUUUUAAACUUUUUUAAACCUGUAAGAACUGUUUAGGUAACCAUCUGUCUUGUAGCUGCAAUAAGUGUGUGUAUGCAACUACAUGACUCUAGAGUGGAUUCAUUGAGGUCAAGUGUAGGCUGUUUGAUUUAUAACCAACUCCUCCACUCUGUAUUGAAAUCUCAUAUUGUAAUUUUACGUUAUUAAUGUAUCUACCUAGGACCUCAAAUACAAAAUGUUUUUAUUGUAUAAUAGGUGAUGGAAAUACUGUCUUUAAAACCAUCAAAGCUGAGAAGGUAAGACUUAUGGGCUGUGGCCACAUCCCUACAGUGCUAGUAUUUAGGUAACAUAUUUAUAUGGGAGACUACAAAAUCAUAUUAACUAUGCUCAGCAAUUAUACUCUUCUCGAGGCUUCUCUUUCCCUUCUCUUCACUGCCCUAAAGCUAAUAAGCCCUUUCAUUUAAAGGUAUUUUUGCACUCCAAAAUGUACGUUUUAAAGUUCAAUGCCUUUGGACAUCAGUGUGCUGUGCAAUCUUUUCUGUCUCCCUGCAGUGCCAGCUGUUUUUAUGUGGUAAAUGUAAUUGGGAACAUGGACUGGGUACUUUUCUUUUGUAAACCUCUGUCUUGGAGGUAUGCAAGGGAACAAACACCUGUAAGACAGGUGUCUAAUCUGUAUGAGGGAGCUAGAUAUGCAUUGCAUGGCCUGAUUACAUGAACAGCCAGUGAACCAACGGUUAGUGCUUUUGCUUUUACAAACUCAUCUGGAAACAGUUAUCUUGGAUGUUUUUUUUCUUCAAUGGACCUUCAUGUUUUCUAUUGCAAUCUUGUGAAUAUUUUAAUACACUUUUUUUUUUCCCCCUUA